AUGAGCGGGACCUUGCACGCCAAAGUCGACUUCUUUGCCAGUGGAACGUUCGGGACUGUCAGUAAGUUUACGGAGAAGAGGUUUUUGAUGUGAAAAAAGUUUACAUAUACAGUGGGCCUUUCUAUGUGCAUUUACAGCGCACUGCGGCGCAAGAAAACCUUUUUACAACAAACGAUUUUUGAGGUCCACAAAUUUGCUUUACAAGUAUUGGGACCCCAAGCAAAACGAUCAGUUUUUCUUUUAGUUUUGCACACGCUUUGGGCAUGAACCACUUAUAAAUAAAUACCCUCGUCGCGCCUCGGAAUCGCUCAUCAUCGCUUUGCGACUGCAAGCCGCGACUUGUGAUUUGGUGCGCGAUAGCGGCGAGGCGAGACAUUUUGCUGCGACGAUCCGCCGUUAUUUUUCCGACAGACUGAUACCUGAAAGUUUUGGCUUGGGCUCCGCAGGCACAGCCGAAAUAUUCAACGAUCUUUGCAGGAGAAAGGUUAUGUCAAAGAAGAAAGCACUUUUUGGCCUCUCUUUGUCAAAGAUUGCUUUCUUUUGUAGAAAAAUCAUCAUUAUGGUAAAAAUAAGAGUCAAAAAUGUUUUACUUGAUUGAACAAAAUGUCAUAAAAGAAUUUUUCGUGAGAUUUUCCGACCGAAAAAAACUUUUCUCGAAAUUAUUUUAUUUGUUUUGUCAAUUCGUUUGGACGAAACUUAUGGGCGAGAAACACUUUUCUUCUAAUUCGGGUUGCCGUUUGAAAUAUGGCGUUUUUCUCUCUGACCGCUCUCCCCAUUUCACGUACUCGUUGGUAAAGAUCGCUCAAUAGCUCGGCUGCAAAGCUCGAGCUAAGACUUUCCCCUGAAAAACGCUUGUCUACAAAAACGAUCACUUUCAGCCAGUCUUCGAACAUACGAGGACUCGGUUUGUAAUCGGCGAGCUGAGACAAUUACCCUAACACUACGGCUAAUUGGCGCUCCAACUUAUGGGUUGUCGCUUCGGCAGGCCUGUUCGUCCACUUCAACCUCAAAUGCAAAUUGCCAAUGUUCAGCGAUUCUUGUGGACUCAAUUCAGCCCAAUUCACCGGCUUCACAGUGAGUUUACUUCCUCACUAGGCCGUGCCAAUCAAUACAUUUCCAAGUUAUAAAUAUGUUCUAAGUGUUUGACACAAAAGCCUUUGUUACCUAUUGCAGUGUUGGGCUUAUAUUGCCGGGCGAUCGGAUUUUAUCCAUGAACGACCAGCCUACAUUUGGGAUGAGUGUCGACCAAGCGUACUCGAUUUUGGACGACUCACAUUGCCAAGUCAAGUUGACCAUUGAGUUUGAUGUCUAUGGUAAGAGCCGUAGAGCUCAUUAUAAAGAGCGCUUUGCUUUAGAGACCUGUCCACUGGUCCAAGGGACGAUCACUGUCCGACUGAUCAAACAUACGAACCAUCUUGGGCUGGAGUUCACAACCGGUCUGAACAAGAAAGAGGAGAAAAUUGUGGUCAAGUCCGUGCAGAAAGGAUCGCUGUCGUACAGGUGAGAUUUACAGGAGAAAGCUGCAAAUGCGACGCUGAGAUUUUGAUAAAAAUUUGAAAUAUUUUUGACAUAAUUUUUCUCAUGGCACAGGCGAGGCUCCUAGCUCGCGCUUUGCAGAAAACCCCUUGAUUUUUAGGUCAGAACUUGGAUACAAUUUCACGCUUUUUUCGAAUUUUUAUCAUGAACAUUUUUGUGCCUAUUUCUUCUACAGAGAGUAAUUUUUUUGCAGUAAAUCCACAUUAUUUUCCCGAAAGAAAACCCAAUAAAAAAUUCGGUUUCUCAAACCGCCCUUUAUCGCUUCAGAUGCGGCGCAAUAGAGCCUGGCGACGAAUUCCUCUCCGUCGACGACGUUCCCUUGGACAAUUGCACAGUUCAAGAGACAAUUCGGCUUCUACAAACUGCCCGCGAUUCCGUCAAGAUUCACAUUAGCAAGAGAAACGCCGUAAAAGAGAAAUCUCCCACCCCGAAGGCCUCGAACUUGCACUGCUUCACCUAUACCAUCGAGCUGCGGCCUGGGAAACGGAGUCUAGGACUAUUUUUUGACGACAAGUUGAAGGUUGCCGGAAUUAAAAAAGAUGGAUAUUGUGCAAAGUAAGUUUUUCUGUAAAUACGAUAUAUUAUAAUCAUGUUUCAGAUCCGGAGCAGUUCUUCUGGAGGACCGCCUAAUGGCGAUUGACGGGCAAAAUGUCUCGCAAUACACCCUGUUGGACGUUCAGAAAGCCCUCGACCGGCAGUACGACUCAAUACGGCUGACGUUUCAGCGAGAGCGGGAGGGCACCCCAAGUGCUGCAGAGGACUUGCCGCAAAGGGGAGACCGAGCUGUAACCCCAUCUACGGGAAGGUUGAACCUCAUCGAUAUAAAGAAGAUCAUCAGCGACAUGACAUUCAGUUCGAGGGCUAAAGAGUACGUUAGAGGAUUCAAAAUUUAUGAGCUACAGUGGCGGGCCUGAUCCAGUGGCAAAAAACGUACCGUUUUGCAUUCGGGAAGCCUCAAAAAUGUGGCAAAAUGCUUCCAAGUGAAAAAACUUCGUUUUGAGGGCGCGCACUUUCCCUCUCAAAAAAAGAGCGGGCGCGCUUUUGAAAUCGGAGUUUUUUCACUUGGAGAGGGAAGCAUUUUGCCACAUUUUUCAUACUUCUCAGAUGCAAAAUGGAAUUUUUCCCCUGGAUCAGGUCCCCCACUGUAUCAAGUCGGUGUUUUGACAGAAAAAUUUCAUUCAGAAUUGGUGUUCAAAUUGCUCUAGCUACUCAGUUUUUUUUCUUUUUUCCAAAAGCGAACGAAAAAUACUGUUCUAUAAUAAUAUUAUUAUACCAUUUUAAUUACACAAUUACACGGUUAGCAUCUCUACUCAAAGUAGAGAUGCUAAUAUUUUUAUGGCACUUGGCGCAGAUUUCAAAUAUAAUGUUUAAUUUGAAGACACAUGCGUGACACAUACAGUGGCGGACCUGAUCCAAUGGCAAAAGACGUACCAUUUUGCGUCCAGGAAGCAUCAAAAAAUGUGGCAAAAUACCUCCCUCUCCAAGUAAAAAAACUCCGAUUUCAAACGCGCGCCUGAUCUUUUUGUGAGGGAAAGGGCGCGCUGUUCAAAACGGGGUUUUUCCAGUUGGCGAGGCAUUUUUCUACAUUUUUUGAUACUUCCCGGAUGCAAAAUGGUAAGUUUUUUGCCACUGGACCAGGUUCGUUACUGUACAGUUAUUUCUGCCGUUUGUUUUUUCUGCCGUUGACCUGAAAAGUCGCAGGGCAAAUAUAUUGGGAUCUCAACUGUAGUUUACGCUUUGCAGAAACGCCCGAGGGCACUUUGGGUACUUCCCUUGUUAGUAUUCAUUCUAUGAACCGUGUAAGGGGUCUUUGGCCAGUUUGCUUUGUAAAGCCGAGAACCAAUCUUUGAAGUGAAUCCAUAACCUUCGGGCACAUUCCUAAUUUUUGCAAGACCUGAGAGAUCGGAACGUCACAUUUUUGUUCGGUUCCCUCGUCAAACCCGGGCUUAAAAAUCAUUGACCUCUUCGUACAAACCGGCUGCAAGAUGAGCAAUGAGUUCCUCUUUUUUUCAGGCUGCAAGCGCUCAAAGCCUUCGAAGAGACGGAGGACAAACUCAUAAGCGGCCGAUUGCCUCAACUAAAACGCGACGCCAACCACGACCAGUUGCGGACCAUUCAGCAACGACUGAGGUAGGGGUUCGGCCAAAAAAAUACGCGUAUUUUAGCAGUGGUUCUUUCUCAUCAUCGGGCUUUGGCUCCGUGGUUUCGUCGCAGCCGUCGGCGCCGGAAACUCCCUCGUAUCCGUCGCCAUUCUCGGGCCUCCCAAUUGCUCCGACCUCAAUUUUCUCGAACACAAAGAAUGUGUUGUUGCUGCGCGACCUGGACCAGCCCGGAUUCGGCUUCAGUAUCACCGAGAAUGAGCAGCAUGAGAUCAUUGUGAAUGCCGUGAAGCCGGGAGGAGUGGCGGAGGCCAACGAUGUGAGGGCGAUGGAUAAGAUUAUCGAGGUGAAUAAUGUCCAAACGGCCGGGAUGACUUGCGCAGAAUUGUUGCCAUUGUUCAACACUGACAUCCUGGAGCUCAUAUUGCUACCGGCUGAGCAGGUUUUGUAG